AUGACCAAGAAGAAGCGUCAUCAUCCCGACGUCGAAGAAGUCCUCGCGCGACCGUGGUGCUACUACUGCGAGCGCGAUUUCGACGACCUGAAGAUACUCAUCAAUCACCAAAAGGCAAAACACUUCAAAUGUGAAAGAUGCGGCCGACGCCUGAAUACCGCAGGAGGGUUGAGUGUUCACAUGAGUCAGGUCCACAAGGAGAACCUCACUGCCGUCGACAAUGCUCUUCCCAACCGCGUGGGUCUCGAUAUAGAGAUUUUUGGCAUGGAGGGAAUUCCUGAAGAUAUUGUUCAACAACACAACCAACGCGUCUUGACUAACUUCCACCAAGCCCAAGCUGAAAGACAGGCAGCGACCGGCAACAAUGCGCAGAGUGGUCAGCUACCAAGCGCUCCCAAGAAACCCAAGGUUGAGCAGAUUUCCGACAUCAAGGCACGGUUGGCCGCGCAUAAAGCUGCAAAGCUGGCGGCUGAGAAUGGCGAGGGAGGAUCUAGUGGUGGCAACACCCCAAAGACUCCUGCCGCUGCUCAACUUGCUCAACCGCAAGCGAAUCCGGCCGCACCUCCCACCUAUCCCGCAUAUCAACAGUCGUACGCCGUGCCACCCACCAACGGUUCGUACAGUCAACCCCCAUCUUUCCCGCAGCCACCUGCUCCUGCUUCUACUCCCUAUCAGCCACCGCCUGUCUAUCCUACCAUAGCUUCGCCGCCUGCAGUUGGAGCCUAUGGUCAAACGCCGACACCACAACCUGGACAGCCGGGGUACACCCAGCCGUAUGGCCAACAGCCAUAUGCACCACCACCAACAGCGCCUUUCCACCAACAAUCGCCGCCGGUCGGGUAUCCCCCACAACCAAGCUUUUCACCGCCUCAGUAUCAACCACAGUAUCCAGGUCAGUCGUUCCCGGGGCAGCCGACUGCGCUCGCUCGUCCACCUUAUGCUGGCUCUCCAGCUCCCGGGUUUCCACAACCACAUCCGCCUCUCGUACAGCCCUCGCUUUCUCCUGCUACAAACGGUAAUUUUCCUGCACCAGUACGUACUGGCAGUGUAAGUCUACCUUCUGCUCCAGGACUGCCACAGAGACCAGCGUUUGGUGCUCCACCAGUCAAUGCUUUUCAAUUCCAGCAAAUGCAUCAAGGUCAGCUCCCUGCUUCGCAAUCACAUAACGUUGUGCCGCAGUACGCGCCAGGCCAAGCUGCAUCAAGUACAGCUGCAGCACCACCUCCACAGCUCCCCACCGCCGCCACCGAAGCCGCUUCUUCUCUCGACGACCUGAUUGCGAGUGCCUCGAAGCAAGCAGACGCUGACGCUGCGGCUGCGGCUGCCUCCGCCAAGACUGCUACGCCACCAGCCACGGCUCCUACUGCGACGGAGCCCGUGGAAGAUAAAGCAGGACUCAAGAAAGAGAAGGAGAAGGAGAAACCAAAAUCAACCAGGUUGGUCUAUUCCGAUAACGAGACAAGUCCUGAAGAGAGGAUGGCCAAGUUGGCCAAGUACGCAUUUACUCCUGCACAGAAGACAAUUGUUGUGUAG